UGAAUAAUGAAGAACAGUUUCUCUCAAAGUUUGUGAGGAGAUUAGUUGUUUUGUCGUCUUUGUGGUGAAAAACUGGGUAAAGAGCAGUGAAAAGUGAUCAUUCAACAUGCAUCUUCACGAGAAAAUCAUUUUAAUCAAGAGCGUCCUUGCUUUGCACACUACUGGUGCAGAUUUCCCAACAAUUUGUGAUGACUUUCAAGAGCAAGUGAAGGAGCCCCUCAAUUGCUCAUUUGUUGAGUUUUUCCACUUGAUGGCCAACCUCAGCGAUGUGUCCUUCAGGAGAGACUUCUACGGGAACAUAUAUUGGAUGACAUCCUCCAAGAAAACAAUCCACAUGCGGCGUCUUAUUGCCAAUGCCAAGAGCAACAAGGGCAGCAAUCGUCGAAGAAACAUGUGGCAUCCGUACAAGGCCAAAAAGGUAGCCGAUUUCCUUCCGAGGCAGAACAGCACGAUGAUCAGUAGAGACAGUCAGGAGAAUCCUCAUCUUGGCGGAUACACGCUGAUUGGAGAUGACUUCUUCCUCGAAAUGGCCCGACUUGAGAUGGGCUUUGGCCGGAAACCAGGUCACCGCAUUCAUCAAUCCGGAAUGUGCGUCUCCGGACAGACAAUUCAAGCUGCCUUCGACCGCAUGUUGUACUCUCCGGACAAGCGCGUGAUCCUCAAUCUCGGCACCGUGGAUCUCCUGCACGGGCGCGACGCCCUGGACAUCAUAAAUGACUACAAUCGUCUGCUGCGCAUGCUGAAGAACAAGGGGAUUGAGGUGAUCAUCACGACGCUCCCACCAAUAGUGAAUCACAGCUACUUGGGCAGCCUGAAGAGGAACUGGGAAGUCCUGAACGCGUUCCUGAUCCAGCAGGAGAAUUGCGUAGAUAUCUGCAGCCACAUGACGCAGAAUGGUAAGAUUUUGUUUUCUUGCUAUCAGGCGGACGCCAAGUACAUGAGCGGGAGUAAUCGGCCACAUGUGUUGUGGAAUAAGAUUGGACGACAGCGGGUGCUGAAAGCCCUUAAAAACUUUUUAAUCUAAUCACUUUAUCAAUGUCCACUAUGCUCUCCCAGUAAGAUCACCUGUUUGUGAAAGCGCUUUUAUUUUUAUGUUUCUUCUGUGUGUAAAGUAGUAUUAAAAUUAACUUAAGAUGAUAAGGAUUUAGUUACUGAAUAUUUUUAGGCGCCUAAAAAUGAUAAGUUAGAGUUAAAGUUUAAGUUACAUACAUAAAUCUAUGAUUGCUAUUUUCACGUUCAUAUGUAGGUUAUAAGAUAAAUUAUUCUUGUUAUUUUUUGUACUUUUUGUCUGCAUAAAUGUCUUGCUUAAAUUUUUUGGCCUCGUAUUCAAAAGAAGCAAAUAUAAAAUGAUUUUCCA